UGAAAAGUGUCAUAAGGAGGAUUCGGACGUAGUGCUAUAAAAUAAUUAUCCUUGCUUUGCGAGUACUUCCAGUCUUUCCUGUUGUGUCGUUUCGUUGAAAUCGAGGCGAAGUCUUUCGACCGAGAGGCGACUUGUUGUCUGGAACAAGUAAUCUCCGAAAAUGGGUCUGUGGACUUUAUUCCAAGGCUUCUUGCUGCUUACAAAUGCGUUUGCGAUACUGAACGAAGAUCGUUUUCUGGGUCCGAGAGGCUGGACCUUGCUACAAUUUCAAGGAGGGCGGAGAACCACACUUAAGGGGCAGAUCAUAGGAUUUAUACACGCAUGCCAGUUCUUCAGAUUUCCGCUCAUAAUUUUGAACAUCGUAACUAUAGUAGUGAAGCUGAUCUCCGGGUGAAAUGCUUAAUAUGGGAUUCAGAACAGGUUACCAAGAUAACUUGUAGAGUUGGAGAACAACUUUCAUGUCACGGGAUGGUCAGGUUAGGAGAUGGUAGAUAGAGAACGGGGUAUACAACCGGUGAUAGGUAAGUUUCCCUUGCCCAAUUGAUGUUGGUGACGGGGUUUCGACCAAAUACCCUCAAACAUUGAAGUUAUAGGUCGAUCACUGAAACAAAGUAGUAGGGAUUGGGUUCUCAUUGCCUACAUUUGAUUGCCUAUAUUUUGGUCGAAUGAUAUAAAUUUACAUGUUGUAGUAUUUAGAAGAAGGGGAAACCAAUUCCGUGUCAUUUUCCCUUUCUUCUUAGCUUUUUUUUUUUUUUUGAUCAUUAUUCCAUCUUGGCAGCCAAUUAUAGUCCGACACAUAUUGAGAUUUGUUUUAUCAGUUAGUUAUGCAUACAUGUCAAAUUAUGAUUUGCAUAAAGGAAAGUGAUAUUCCAUCGAAUCUCUC